AGUGCUUGCUUGGUCAGUAUCUUUGGGAAGAGUGGGGUGGAAGGGGGAUUAAGGAUACAGAGGGUGGAGCAAGCUGAAAAGAGGAAAAAAUGGGUGGCCUGAAGUUUGGGGUGGGUAGAGGGCCUUUUGGGCAAGAGUCCAGACCUUCAGAGCCAGCCACCAGUGCUCUGGGCCACCUGAUAGACUGCAAUAGCCAUGCCAGAAAUCCCCCACCAAGGCCGGCCAGAGCCAGGCCAAGGUCAGGCCUCCUUCCCUUCCCAGAAUCACAGCUGCUGCUGGGCCUCUGGCCUCCUGGGAAAUCCAGCAGGAGGGAAGAACUGAGGUCAUGCAGUGGGAAUGAGGUUACCCUGCGGGCUCCAUCCUGCAGCCCCCAAACCCCUCAGCUGAUUCUGGUUCUCCCAUUCACCUUCCCAAGUUCUUUGCUAGGACGGGUUGCCAGUGGGUCGCAAAAUGGCCCAGUGGCCACUAGGGGGCGCCCUAUGGCGACAGCAUGGGCUGUGGAGAGGUGGAGGCUGGUCUCUGUUCCUGGAAUGAGCCAGGAGGGAGGAGGAGGAGCAAGCGGAAGGGGGAAGGUGUGUCGCUGGCCGACUGGCCCAGGCAACAGUGACGAGAGACAGCCCCUCCAGGAACCAGUUUGGACACUGGCGCAGUCGCUUCAGCCCAGCAUGGCAGGCACUGCACAGGCCCAGGAGCAGGUGUACCUGGUCACAGGUGGCUGUGGCUUCCUGGGGGAGCAUGUGGUACGGAUGCUGCUACAGCAGCAGGAGCCCCGCCUCCGUGAGAUACGCAUCUUUGACCUGCAUCUGAGUCCCUGGCUGGAGGAGCUAAAGACAGGGCCUGUGCAAGUGACUGCCAUCCAGGGGGAUGUGACCCAGGCCCACGAAGUGGCAGCAGCUGUGGCCGGAGCCCAUGUGGUCAUCCAUACAGCUGGGUUGGUGGACGUGUUUGGGAGGUCCAGUCCCAAGACCAUCCACGAGGUCAACGUGCAGGGGACGAAGAAUGUGAUUGAGGCUUGUGUGCAGACUGGAACACGGUUCUUGGUCUAUACAAGCAGCAUGGAAGUUGUAGGGCCCAACAUCAAAGGCCACCCCUUCUACAGGGGCAAUGAGGAGACCCCGUAUGAAGCAGUACACUCGCAUCCCUAUCCUUGCAGCAAGGCCCUGGCGGAGCAGCUGGUCCUGGAGGCCAAUGGAAGGAGGGUCCGUGGGGGACUGCCGCUGGUGACAUGUGCCCUGCGCCCCACGGGCAUCUACGGUGAAGGUCACCAGAUCAUGAGGGAUUUCUACCGCCAGGGCCUGCGCCUGGGGUGUCGGCUCUUCCGGGCCAUCCCAGCCUCUGUGGAGCACGGUCGGGUCUAUGUGGGCAAUGUGGCUUGGAUGCAUGUGCUAGUGGCCCGGGAGCUGGAGCAACGGGAGAAACUAAUGGGCGGCCAGGUGUACUUCUGCUAUGACGAGUCACCCUACAAGAGCUACGAGGACUUCAACAUGGAGUUCCUGGCCCCGUGUGGACUGCGGCUGGUGGGCACUCGCCCGCUGGUGCCGUACUGGCUGCUGGUGCUCCUGGCUACCCUCAAUGCCCUGCUGCAGUGGCUGCUGAGGCCGUUCCUGCUCUACGCGCCCAUGCUCAAUCCCUAUACUCUGGCCGUGGCCAACACCACUUUCACUGUCAGCACCAACAAAGCUCAGCGCCAUUUUGGUUACGAGCCUCUGUUCUCAUGGGAGGACAGCCGGAACCGUACCAUUCGCUGGGUGCAGGCUGUGGAGGGUUCACCCAGUGAUGGCGGGGCUGGGGCCUGGAGGCCUGGUGUGGCCCAGCCACCCAGGUCCUAAGCUUCCAAACCCUGGAUGAGCUGGAAGGGUUACAUCCCAGAGCUGGAGGCCGGGGUCUUGAGUGGGAUGAGCUGUCUUAGAGCUCUCCGCCUUUUAAAUCUACGAGCCUUGAGACUGUGUCAGGAUGUUUCCAAGUCCUAGGGCAGGUCGUCUUCACGUGCAACCUGGGCUUGGCAGCUGCUUGGCAAGAAUCUAACGCCCCUGGAGUUUUCAACUGCCCCCGCCCACUUCUGGCCUUUCCAUGUGGCAAGAGGGCAGGGGUUCCACAGGCCUCAGGGUGGCCUCCUGGCAUCCAUCCAGCACAAUCCUCAGGCCUGGAUUCAGAGUGAAGCUAGGUCUUUGGGUCUUCUCAACCCUUUCGUCCCUCCUGGGGUGGGUGGGGGUCAUAAUCCCAUUAUUUGAGAAAAUGUAUCACCUUUACAUGGUUAUCUUUUAAUGGCCCUCAAUGAAAGCUGAGGAAAUCAGUGCACCUUCAUUUCUUCCCACCUUUCCACCCAAAUUCGGUUCCUGUAAUAGUGUUAGAUCUCUGCCCGUAGACGCCCCAUUAACUCUGUACCUGGUCAAAUCUGGAUUAAAACUCCUUUUCCAA